UGGACGCUGCUUUUGGCGGUUAACUCUGUGUGUGAUUAAGACAAGAAAACCUACACCGUGGACGUAUAAGUCAUCCCGCGUACCUGAUUCUCUACCAGAACGUCGACACCGAGAAUGGAAUCAUAAUGCAGAGCUGUGUGAGUCAUGACAAGGGACAGUAAUCAUUGUUGGCAGGUAGAUGGCAGUGCAGGAGCAAGUUGGCCAAUCGGUGCUCAAUUAUCAAAAUCAUCAACCAAUCACAAGUGAAGGAGUAAUCAGCUGAGAUCGACGCACGUGAUAUUAGUUUGUAAGCAAAAGAUGGAAGGACCUACUGCAAAGAAGAGACGACCAAAUUUCAGUGAGGCGGAAGUAUACGCCAUGGUGUGUGAAGUCGCAAAAAGAAAGAAAAUAAUCUUAGGGAAGUUGGACUCAAGAGGUGCAAUCAAAUUGAAGAAUCAUGCCUGGGAAGAAGUUGUAAAGGCAGUAAAUGUUGUGGCUCAAAUCCCCCGCAAUGUUGAGGAGGUCAGGCGGAACUUUUCCGAUUUACGUGAAAGCGUGAAGAAUAAAGCAGCGCAAGAUAAGAAAUAUACUGGUGGAACAGGAGGCGGCCCCCAAAUUGAAAAUACAUACACUGCAAUUGAAGAAGCAGUUCUUCAACUCUUAGAUCCAGUUUCUAUACAUGGGAUUCCAGGGGAUGUUGAAAGUGAAGAACCUAUUAAUGAAGAAGAAAGAGAACAAACUUCCGGACCCUCAGGAGCUAGGUUUACGGCUCUUCGUUCAAGAGAGGACUCUAUGUUAAGGCCCGUUCAAGAGAAAGAGGAUUCUUCAACCAUCGUGCUGACUGAGGAUAUACAGGAACAUGACAUAACAGUACCCAUUGUGCUUUUAGAACCUGAAGCUUCGUCACAUCAAAACAUUCAGGAAUCUUCAUCAUCCAAAACAUAUUUUGGAGAAAGAUGUAGCUCAAGCAAGACUGGUAAACCUCUUGCUGCUACCACGGAACAGCAAAGUAGGUCUCUUACCCCUUCUGCCACAGCUGAUGAUAACCAGACUAGGUCAACUUUAACUGCUGGUCCCACUGAUGAGCCGGGUUCAUCUCAAAUAGCAAGUUGGAGCAGAAGUGGCAGCAGGCCACGAACCCUUUCUGCCCUAAAAGAUGCAAAUCUUAUUCCGGAGUUGCUUCAGGUUCAGUCACAAAUGAGGGACUGUUUGGUUAAACUUGUUGCUAACACCGAGUGCAUUGCAUCUUCACUGCAAACCAUUGCAAAAAUUGUGCAGUCGAAAAAUCCUACCCCAUGAUGCUGUUUGUGUUUAGGGUAUGGGUAUGUGGAGUUGUUUACUUCUAGAAGUCCUUUACUUUUUGUCAAUGUGAUAAUAGCGUAGUUGAAAAGUCACAACACAAAUUUUUCCUUUGAAUGAUUGUUAUGAAAGAAGACAGGGCAUGUUAAAUAAUUGUGUAACUUUCACUUGCACCCUAUACUAGUCAUGAGAAUUUAACAGGAACAUUAAUCUCUCCAUAAGUGAGUUAAAAUCACAAAGGUAAGUGAAAGACAUACACUUGUAAACUAUUAACAUGUGUUUCAGUGCUCCUAAGGAUAUUGUUUGCCCAUGUUUUGGAUAAAACUUCAUACCGUAAUCAAAUUUAUAACUUUGAAACCAGAGUCAUGUACUUAUUUUUAUUUUUUAAAUGUUCCUUUAUUUUGUAAUACGUAGUUGCUGUAUUUUCCAGUUCAACUUGCUUUAUUGAUUAGUGAAUAUUUUAUGGUUAUGAAUCAAGUAGGUUGAAACUGAAAUAAUGUUGCAAUUUCACCAACAGCCUACUGUAAUCAUUGCUAUUUACUGCACAUGAACUUCUCCAUAGAGCAAGUUGUUGGAUUGGUUCUUUCAGAAGGAUGUGCGGCCUCAUGCUAAAUUGUAUAGCUUAUCAAGCCAAGAGUUUGCUAUUUUGUUUUCUUUAUUACUUAUAGUUGUACAGUAUUUGGGUACAAGUUUAUUUUAAUAUACAGGUAUUGAUGCAGCUACAUUCUAUUCAUGAGAGUUCCUAUAGAAAUUUUAGACAUAUGAAAAUUAUACUGUAUUCCAUUUUUUAAUCUUAAAAAUGGCAUCAAUUACCAGUAGUUGUAUUAUUCUUUCAGAAGAAUGUGGUGACCCAUGUCAAAUUGUGUAGCUUAACAAGGAAAUAGUUGCAAUAUUUCAUUAUUGUUUAAAUUUCUCAAAUAUGUUUUAUAUAAUGUUUUUUUCUUCCAUACUUGAGUGCCUUGGGUAUUUAGUAGUAUUAAAAGUAUACUGUAUUGUAAUCAAUUUUUCUAAAGAAUAUAGUACAUACUGUAUUUUCAUAUAUCAAAUGUUUAUCAUAUGAAGGUAAAAGAUAGCCAAUUUUUUGUCUUUAUAUUUCAUAUUUUUUGUGUUUUUUUAUCUUCUUCACCACUGACCAGCGCGUUAGCCGCUUGGGCGAUCGGUCACGUCUCUGAUUACUUUUCCUUUUCUUUUAUCCUCUUCACCAAAAGAUCGACUCGCUUAGAGCAAAAAAAAUAUCUGUGAAUUGAUAUGUGCUUUUAAUUCAUGAACUAAACCAAUUACUGUCUGCUUGGCCUGUCCCUGCCUUGGCAACACCUACAGCUGGAUUGUCUAUCUCUCCAUCAUUGUCGACCAUGUCAUGGGGAAGUGGUACCCUUCUCAUUACACAAUAAUUGUGAAGAAGGAUACUUGCAAUUACAAUUUUGGCAGGAUCGUAUUGAGGUGAUCUGCCAGAACGGUGAAGGCAUCUAAAUCUUGAUUUUAGGAUCCCAAAAGUUUGCUCUACAACCACGCGUAUUUUGGUAUGGCUUCUGUUAUACCUCACCUCUGCAGGUGUUGAGGGGUUUCCGAAUGGUGUCAUGAGGAAUGGCUCUAAUGGGUACCCACUGUCACCUAUAACCACAAAAAAUAUAACUUAUAUAGCUGCAUUAUCAAACAAUGAGGAAUUAUUUACUUGCUUCCAUAUAAACCUAGCCCUAAAGCACCAUUAUUGUAACCCUUUUUCAACAACCAACUGUAAGCCUAAUAAAGAAAUUAAGUGUGAGGCGCUAAUUAUGUAUGUGCCGUCAAGUGUCUUAGCUUGUUUUGGGGAAAGUUAUUAGGCUCAGCAUAGGCUAUAUGGUCAGUGAGGUAGAAACUUAGUCGAUAUGCAAGGUUAGACCAAGCUUAAAUAGUGUACCGUACCUUCAGUCUGCAAAUCUAUGCAUUACCAUGUACUGGGUGGUUAAGUAAGAGAUACUUGGUUUAGGUUAGAGCUUAGACCUAGCCCCACUUAACAUUAGAGGCUAUUUAAACUUACCAAGCAUAUAAGUAUCUAAAAAAUCACCAGCCUCGGCGACGGAGAAGUAAGCAGUUGGCUCAGAUGAAGGCUUCAUGUGUGCUACCUGGAUACUUGGUGCUGUAGCUUGUGAUCAACCCGUCGGCAUUAAAUACUACUUGCACAUAGAGAGAGUGGUAUCGCUUCCUGUUUACAUAUGUUCCUUCAUUUUCACUUGGUGCUUUUAUAGGUAUGUAUGUUCCAUCAAUUCCACCAAUGACUUGGAAAGUUUCUUAUUCUGGCAAAACCAUGCACAGUUCUUGCUAUUUGUACAUCACUUGUUGGCAUCUUUAUUUCAAUUCUUGCCCUAUCUGAGAGAAUUUGGGUCACAUCUCUAAUAAUUCUACUGACACUAACUUGGGUAAGACCAACUGUAUCACCAAGUACAUUUUGGAAGGUUCCACUUGCGUAAAAUCUUAAGGCAACUAACGCUUGCGUGUGUGUGGGAACAGCACGAGAUCUUGUCGUUCUUUGCCUUAAAAAUUGGUCUAAUUCUUCACACAGUCUUAAUAUUUCACGUCGAGGAAACCUUUAUUUAGUAUGCAAGUAGAUUUUCAUCGCUUAUAUUUAUGGGAUCUAAAGGGUCCCGAUACCUUUGUUCACGUUGUAAAGCUCGAUCAUAUAGAUAAGCUAAAAUCAACUCCAUUGCAGGUAAAAAAAAAAUGAGGUCCAAGUGUUGCGGCAUCAAUCUGCUGGAAAAAACAAUGCACUAAAAAUGGGGUUGUCCGGGGGUGGUUAGCAAUACCUGUACAUGUAAUACUUUACAAGUUUGUUUGUUACAGUAGUGUUUUUAUGUUGAUACUAGCUUAUUCCAAAUUUUAUCAUUAGGCCUAGAAUAGAAGGGUUAUGCCUGUGAAAAAAAAAUUCACUGCCUUAGGUCUUGCCUGGCUCUAAGGGAUAAAAUACUGAAAAAUGCAGUGUGCUAAAUUAUCUGUACUGUACACAUUUUAAAAUGAAUAAAAUUGUUCAGUGCGAAAGUAAAUAAGAGUGAAAAAAACAUUUAAAAGACAUCCUCUUGUCUCUUGUCUGUCAAAUACUUGCAUUUGAAGCUGCUUUCUGGUAUGAACAGCAGCCGAAGGGUCUUUUGACCUGUGUUCAUUUUACUAGGUAGUAAUAUCCGUUAGCCGGAAUCCCUCAAACCCGGAACUUUCUGAUAGCCGGAAUUGAAAUUCUCAAAAAAUCAUUCCCAAAGCAUGAUUUUGCAGAAAACUUAUGGCUUAGGUAAUGACUUUCAGAGGGGCACACUUUCCGGAAAAUUAUAAGAAAAUUUUCCCAGAUAACUGAGAAAAUUCCAGAGAUGGGGGGGGAUCUUUUUCUGGGUUUGAGAGAUGAUGUAAUGGGCAAUUUCAGGAACUACUGAUUAACAUUUCUCCAUUACCAGAAACAUUCUGGGGAUGAGGAAUUUUUUCUGGAUUUCAGAUAAUCGUCUCUACCCGGAAAACUCUCAUUCACGGAAGUGCUCUUCACCAAUUGUUCCGGCUAACAGAGAUCUUACAGUAUUUGGUGUUUUAGCCCUAAUAGAAUUUGGGUUGCUAACCCCUGGCCUAAUGUUGGCCUGUGACAAGACCCAUAAGCUAGACUAGGAUAGCCUUAUUCUUGGCCACUUCAAAUAAAUAGGUUAUUGAUAGCAUAGCCUUGCCUAACCAAAAUGACAAAUCACUUUUCUUAUACUGAUUUAGCCUAGACCCUGGUGUUUUCCUUUCAAGGUUUGGGUAAUUUGGUCUGAAUUUGCUUGAAGUUCAUAAAAAAAAAAGCAAUACCGGUAAGUAUAUAAAUAAGAAAGAAAAAAAGAGAACAAAUAUAUGAAAUAGGAUAUAUAUAGGAUAAAGAAAAUUGACCCUUACAACAUAACAUAAGCUCCAACCUAUUGGUAUAAUAUCCUCUUUAAAUAUUCUUCAUGUUCAAACGAAACAACUAGGCUCCCAAGUUUAAACAUUUGUUUGGCUAAGACUGAGAAAGCUGUCAUAUAGGCCCCUAACUUGAUCAAGUUAUUUGCAAUCCAUAUUUUAUGCCUAAUAUAAUUUAAUUUUGGCUAGCCUAUGGACAUUUAGAGCCUUUCAUGUUAUCAUAAACCAUAUACAUAAGAAAAUAGGCGUAGGCUAUUGGUUGAAUAUAAGAAAAAACAGGCGAAGUCUAGGCAUGAAUGUUCACUUGACCUCAUAUUUGCUUUCAUUACUUGGGAUAUUUAUGGCUAUACAACAUUAAUAAGGUCUAUCUGCAAGUUUACUCAGUCAUAAAAAGUAUUUGUACUCUAAGUGUGGACAACACAAACCUUCUGUUUUUUGUGAAAAUUACUCGAAAAGUUGUAAGAAGCCAAAAGAUGCGUCUCUUCCAUUCUGCGACAAAUAGAAACAUUCGCGCCUCUUAUCGUAAAAAAAAAAGAAUGUACGAAAAAGACAAACUAAAAUAUUAUAUUUAAGUAUGUUGAUGUACAAAACAUUUUCUUCGUUAUUCUAUGAUAAAACAAGUCUAGCAAGCAUUAUUACAACAUAUAGUACGGUAUUAUUUUUUUAUGCAAUCGGGAAAUAGUGACUGCAGUACUAUAUCCGAGUUGAGAGUGUUACAGCAUCUAAGGUGCUGUAAGUUAUGCGAUAGAUUAUGAGGUCACUUACGGAGUUCGAUGCCAAAUAUUUGUUUGAGUACAGGAAUACUGAUUGGAGACUGUACAGUAAGUCCAGUUACGGGGUAAGCAAAGAGAUACAGUCCCGGAAAUAUU